AUGGUAUUGGGAAUCUCGGUAAAUGCAAGAGUGGAAGAGUGCAUCAGACACAGAAGAAGGUUCCAUCGAUUUCCAAUUUUUAACCAAGUGGAAGCUGAGAUAGAAAGAUUCAAAUCCAAUCUAAUGGAUGAAGAGGAUGUUUCAUUAUGGAGGAAUAGUAAGGGAGCUUAUAGGAACUCUUUCUCAGCUAAGGAGACUUGGCAAGUGAUAAGGAUGAAAUAUCAGAGCUGCUACUGGCAUAAGAUGGUUUGGUUUAAGCAUGCAACGCCAAAAUUCUCCUUUAUUCUAUGGACAGCAAUGCAUGAAAGACUCCCUACUGGAGAAAGAAUGAGUAGAUGGAGUGGAAGUGUUAAUACGGCUUGUGUGCUCUGUCAAGAUCCGCAUGAGACGUUGUCUCAUUUAUUUUUUGAUUGCCCAUAUUCUUCUCAGUUAUGGGAGGCUUUGAUGAAGGGAGUUAUGGAUAGGCAAUACACAUCGAGCUGGAGAGGUAUAAUACGUUUGGCGUUGGAUCAUUCCCUGGGGAAGAUCAAGCUAUUUACGGUGAGAUAUGGUUUUCAAUCAGCAGUAUACUCCAUUUGGAGGGAGAGAAACAGGAGAAGGCAUGGAGAAACAUCCUCGCCGGUGAGUUUGUUGAUCAGAAUGAUUGACAAAAACAUGAGGAAUAAAUUCUCCAUAAUAAGGAAGAAGGGAGAUAAAGAGUUUGAAGAAGGGAUGAGCUAUUGGUUUAGUACAAGAUGA